UGCAGGAUGUUGAAAAUGACGGUCAUGGCAGUCAAAUGAAAAAGGAAACCACACAAGACACCUUUCACGGUCGUCCGGCUCAGUAAAUCCGGGGAGGAGACAUUACAAGGACUCCGCCAGUUCGUAGAACUUACCGGGACUCGGGAACCAGGACUCAGUUAACUUAGGAACCAACCAAUUUAAGUCAACUCAGUCUCCGUGUACACUUCCGACAGUAUAAGAUGGACAUCCUCCACGCCAACGACUACAUGAUGGCUCAAACCCACAUCCGCCUCUUCCACCGCCUCUUCUACAAAGUGAGUCUGUUCUAUGCAACCAACGUCCCACGUGCACUUCGCCGGGUCAUAGACCGGAUCAUGAUGGUACAGACGGGAGUUUGUAUAUUCCUCCUGCUCUACGUCCACCAGGCCUUCCUCAGUCGGAGUGGUACAUGUCUUGACUCUCUGGUGGACACCUGGCCUAAAGACGGGAUUGUCAGGGUUCAGGUAAACACCACCAAGACAUUCUAUUCGCUACCGCUGGAACAAGAAAUCCUGUACGAAGAAGAGAGAUACAUCAUGGAGUACUCCCUCCACUACUCCUUCCUGAGGAUGGAUGACGCUCUGAGGACUAACCUCAGCAUCCCCGUCACCAACUUCACCGUGGAGAAACACGAUCCCUGCUUUGGCAACCUCUUUAGCCGGUUUCUGCUGGAGAAUCUGUUUGGGUAUGAUGAUGUGUUGAUGAGCAGUUUUAAAAAGGUAGCGUCCAAUGUGUCCAACAAGGGUUUUCUGAGGAACGUGAUCACAGGUGAACACUACCGUUUUAUCGACAUGUGGAUCAAUAAACUAAAUUAUAUCCUCUCCUUCGUUCUGAUGAUUGUGUUGACGUCUGUCAUCGCCAUGCUGAUGAGGCUGUGUCAUCACCAACUCUUCAAGUUCUUCUGUAAACUGCUCUUCGCUCUCCAACAGAACCAAGUGCUCUACCCUGUUUGGAUGCCGUUUCCCAUCGCUUCCUUACUAACCAUGUUCCUGGGACUGUGGGGUCUGGAAACCAUCAUGACGGAGCUGCUAGACGACCCUAUGGUCAGCUUUCACCUCAUAGCCUUCGUCUGGAUGGCAGACAACUACUACACUAUCUGCUGUCACAGCUACCUCUCCCGGAAAUACUUCCCUAGAUUCUUCUACCUGUCGAGCUACCUCUUUUACGGCUUCCACAGUCAGUUCAACGGCCAGUUCUCAGGCCUUGCUCUGGUGACCACCUUCAUGACCACCCAGCUCUGUAUGGUAUAUUUCUACCACAAGUAUGAAAUACCCAUCAUAGAGCUGUUCAUCACCAGGACGAGGAGGGAGCAGCAACACGCCAACCCUCUCACCGUUGAGGCAAUGGUUACAAGUCUGGUUCAGCUGCAACAGAACGGAUACGUGUCUCUGGAGCCGUACAUCCCGACUUUAGAGCGGCGAGUGUUCGACCUGUCCCACUACCAGCACAUGUUGAGGAGCAGGUGGAUGAUAAUGUGGAGGCACAUCUCCAGGUACCACCAGGUCUCCAGGUAUCUCCAGCUGGUCGGGAUUGAUCCCGUCCCCCCUCAUGAGGAGGGUAACCAGUAUAUGAUGCCAGAAGUUGUUGAGGACCCGGACAGGUCCCAAGAUACCACCAGCGAGGGCACGGAGGACCAGGAUACCACCACUUCAUCAGAUCCGUAUCUAGAUAUCAGUCCGAUUCACCGUCAGAGUAGUAGUUCAAGUCUUCUCGGCGGUCUGAGGAGAAGGGAGACCACCCUUAGUGAGGAACUUGCAAACUCUCAAUCAGUGUCUGAGCCGGAUUUAAAUGUAGAUAAUGAUAAUGCUGAGUAUUAUUUGUAGUGAAGAUUGAUUUGUUGCAGUUUGAAACGAAGAUAUUUAAAGUUUAAUGUAGGGUUAGAUACGCGCACAGCUUGGUCGCACAAAGUCACGGACGGUAUUGCUUUUGAUAUAUGUUGAAAUAUUCAAGAUAUAAUACUAUGAAAUUGUCCAGUGUAAUUUGUUUUGUAUAUUUGGAACGAAUUCCCCGAGCAAUUAUUUGAACUUCUUUGAAUGAA